AUGUCAUUCUUGAUCCCAGUUCAAAAUCAAUUUACAGGUCCAAUACCUUCCGCCAUUGGGAAUAUGUCAGAGCUGGCUUAUUUAGUACUCCCUCAUAACAAAUUCAGUGGGGAGAUUCCAUCAUCCAUUUGCGACCUGAGAUUAUUGCCACUCCUCCAUUUAGCAGACAAUAAUUUGGAAGGACAGAUUCCAAAGUGCCUAGGAAACUUUAAUAGUUCACUGUUGCUUCUUAAUUUGGGAGGAAACAAAAUCACAGCCCUUCAAUCAACAUUUGCAAAAGUAUGCAGUCUUCAGUCCCUCAAUCUGAAUGGCAAUAAAUUGGAAGGAAUACCUCACUCCCUAAUCAACUGCCAACGUCUGCAAAACAUUGAUUUUAGUGAUAAUGAAAUACGAGGUGCAUUUCCCUUUUGGAUGGAAACAUUCCCUCAACUUCGCGUCCUCAUCUUGAGGUCUAACAAGUUGAAUGGGACUAUGUUGGAGGCUUCAAAGAUCGAGCAUCCGUUUCCAAAGUUGCAAGUCUUGGAUAUAACAAGAAAUGUGUUUGUUGGCUCUUUACCCGAUAGAUAUUUCAAGAACUUUGGAGGUAUGAUAGAUGCUAAGGACAAUCUAACACGCGUUCAGAAGGAUGUGCUCCAAAGAUUUUUUGACUUGAGUGUCACUUUAAAAGGUUUGGAUCAGACAUUGUGGAGAUUGCUGGAUACACUUACAACGAUCCAUUUUUCUUCCAAUAAUUUCUCUGGGAGUAUUCCAGUUUCCAUAUGCAAUCUUAAUUCUCUGAGAUACUUGAAUUUGUCCCGCAAUACUCUCACGGGAGGGAUUACUUUGUCUCUUGGGAAUAUAAGUAUUCUUGAGUCAUUGGAUUUGUCAUGGAACAGAUUGAGUGGAAAAAUUCCAAGUGACCUGACAGGGUUGACAUUUCUUUCGAAAUUAAACCUAUCAAUGAAUAACCUUGUGGGGCAGAUACCACAAUCUAAGCAGUUUUCCACCUUUCAGAAUGAUUCAUAUGUGGGAAACUGGGGAUUGUGUGGAGUUCUAUUGACAAAACAAUGUGAAACAACCGAUGGAAAACUAACAUUUCCUACAGAAGAUGAUGAUGAGUCAGGAUUUAUAGAUGGAUUUGGUUGGCGAUGUGUUGUGAUGGGAUAUGGAAGUGGAUUUUUCCCCACUGAAUUCAUUGUUGGAGAGGUCCAAGUAAGUGAGGCCUGUGAGGUUGCCAAGAGCAGUUGGUAUAGAGCCGUUGUGAGCAUUCCAAUUGAGGUUAAAAGUGGUGAAAUGGAAAAGGUCCAAUGUCCCUGCAAGGUCUGCACCGGGGAGAUCAAUCCCAGAGACAGAUCCUCUGCUGUUGCAGCGAAUGCCGAUCCAUCUGCAGUGGUUGCUGAUGUUGUUGAUGGACCAAGACUUGAGAGAAGCAGAAGAUGA